AUGACGCGCACAUCGAUCCAUUCUGUGACAUCCACCCGCGACGACCUGCGACGACCUUCCUCCGACACUCUCCUCCAGACCCUCCUACCUCUCGUCCACCAGGCUACCCUCCCAUCUCACACUAUGGCCAUCACCCAGGACGGAGGCGGGGCAGGCGCAUCGGGCUCCCUCUCCGUCGACGAGGAGACCGACCUCGCUCUACUCCACUUGAUCAAGACCAACGCCCUCAGCCAGCGCAUGAAGAGUGAGCAUCACUCCCCCUCCCCUCCUUGUCUUCUGACCGCAGCCAUCCUGUCUCAGCUCGACUCGCGCCUGUCUCGACUGGACAAGUCGGUCGCACCCCUCGGCAUUCGCCAACUGUCGUACACCUCCAAGAAUCUCGAUGCCGUGCUCGAGACGCUGGCGCCUGGAUCAACGGCCGCAGCCCGACCACAGCCUUCCCGACAAGAGUCUUACAACUCUGCAGCCCUCGCAAGCGUGCACAGCAGCAUCAUUGACGUCCCCCCACCGCCCGUGGCCGUGUCGACGCAGAGCAGAGCCGACAAGCGGCGGAAGCACGGCUCGAUCAUGGACCGGGGAAGGGCUGUCUCUCGGCCAGACAACGUGCCCCGCUGGCAGGAGGAGGAGGCCUCCAUGUCGCCCAGCGUCGAGGUGCCGCCGCCGUCGCAGUGGGACUCGGGUAUCUCGUCCGGCACGGACCGGGGUGUGCUUGCGCGGGUACCCGAUCUGUCGAGCCUGAACGAGUACAUGGCUGCGCUGCAGGGUGUGAUCCAGGAGCUGGAGGACAUGAACCGCGCGCUGCUCGAGGGAAGGGGUGGCGACCGGGCAGCUGGCGUCGAGUCGCUCGGCAACCUCGUCGAGGAGGCGUACGGCAAGCUCGUCGAACUCCUGCUCCGGAAAACGAAGGAAGGCCUUCCACGGCCGUUCAACCCCGCGUCGCUGGCCGGCUCGACAGUGCCGCAACCGCUGACAUGGUUCCCCGAGUUCCCGCGCAUUCGCCACCUGUCCGCCCCGCUGUCGACGAUGGUGUACCCCGACGAGCCAACGUCGAAAACGACCGGUCUUCUCGCGCCGAUCUUUGACGACUGCAUCGCUGAUCUCGGAGGCAUCCGCGGCGAGUGGUUCCGGCAAUCACUCGCUCCCGCCGCAGCUCGUGUGGACGAGGACGGCGGAUCUUGGGAUGCGAACCAGGGCGGGGAGAAGGUCCGCGCCGUCAUGAACCUGUGGGAGGGCUUCCUGACCGCUGGAGAGGUCGCGCUGCAAUCGCAGCUGAUGCCUGGUGCAUCUGGCGAAAUGCUCGUCGGCAAGGUGCUCUCUUACGCGACACCAGUGCUGACCGGUGUCAUGAACAACGUCACGGCCAGCAUCAAACGUGACCUGACGGGGCAGACCAUGCUGCUUCUCGACCUAUACGCGAACCUGAUCGAGUUUCAGGCCAAGCUGGACACGCGCCUCGGCCAGAUCUUCGGGACGCGGGAAGCGGAGGAGGUCGCCGCCGUGCUGCCGAAUGCGAUGGCGGUGCUGAAACAGCUCGCCCAGCGGUCCUUCCCGGAGCGACUCGUCGACAUCCGCAACCCGUCACGGAACAAUGUGGCCAACGUCGGCGUCGACCCCGUCACGCACUCGACGCUGUCGUACCUCGAGGUGCUGCCCAAGUUUGGCAGCGUCGUGGACGGUCUCCUGCGGAGUGGACGCGGAGAGCGGUCAUGGCUCAUGGGCCUGCCCCCGCCGUCACCAGCCAAGAGCGCAGAGGAGGAAGGCGGCGUGCUCAACCUCUAUGUGGCCGACAUUCUCGGCGCGCUGAUCCAGCACCUCGAGCAGAAGGCCGGACCCAUGCGCAAGAUGGCAUCCUACACCUAUCUCCUGAACAACCAAAUACGACCUCAUCGUUCCACGCCGACUGCGCGAUACCUCAGCGAAUGGUCCGACCUGACAAAGUUGCUCCAGCACACGGCGCACGCGCGCUUCGGCGUCGGCGGCGCGUCCGAGAAACAGUCCACGAAAGAAGCAGCAGCAGCUUUCUUUGAGCGCCUCGCCGAGCUCGAGACGCAGUGUCGCAGUUAUCCGCUGAAUAGGGCCGAUCCCGACCUUCGCGACCGCGUCGGCGCCGAGGCGGACGAGAUUGUCAGGACGGGGUACAAGGCGUUCUGGACCAAGGGGCACAAUAAGGGUUUCGACAAGUAUCUCAAGGGCACGCCCGAGGAUAUCUCGCGCAGGGUGCAGGCUGUGUUCCGAUGA